GGAACUAGCGAUGCUACGGAGGACGGCGAGCGAAGGUUGGCGAAGUUACGAACCCUGCAGCGUUCUCGAAGGCGCAGCUGGAGGCCAGGUCAGUCUUGCGGCUGCCUCUAAACCCUUGGGGUUGUACUGAGCUCCUGCGAAGUAGUAGUAGUAGUACAGGAUGCGGCAAGGAACUUUUCGCUGAAGGAGUUGCGCUGCGCUGCUCUUCCUGUGCGCUCGAUCGCUCGUGGAAGCCUUGAAAUGAGAGAACGACUCGCGUCAGGUUCCGGACGCGUGAGUGUGUGUGUCGUAGAGUUGUUUGGUUCCGUGGUUGCGUUCAAGCUGCGGUCGCUGUAUGGCGAAGGUCCGAUUCUGCACGGCGAAUUGCGUGGAGAUGGUCGAUGGAGUGAUUUGAUGCUAGUUUAGCCCCUGGCUCCUGAGUCGGUCGAGGGCUGCCGAAGAUGGUAAUUCACGCAGGAGAUGAUUCGGAGGAGGAGGAUGAUGAUGAAGAUAUCGCAAUGGAAGAGGGAUUCCAGGGUCAUCUCGAUGCUUUGAAGCGAGCAUGCCUGCUAAACAUUGGGCAGGAUAGUUUUCUGACCACCGGAGCUGGGUCUCUUCCUGAUACCGCUUCUACUCUAGAAGAAGAUGAUGAGGAGCUGUUCGAAUCCAUCCAGAAGAAAUAUUUUUUGGGCUCCCUGGACAAGGUUUCGAUUCCGCAAGGGAGACCCUCAAGCAACAGUGAUGACGAGGACGAGGAGCAGGACGAUGAAGAAAUCUUGCGGUCUGUGGAAAAGCUUUACAGUGUAACUGAACUUUCGAGACAAAUAAGUAAUGAAGUUGAUGAGAAUGCAGUUUUUUUGGAGGUUCGAAUUGAUUCUCCAGUCCAUGCAGGGAGUGAAGCACCAGAUGAGAGCAGCAGCCGACCCGAAGACUCUGAUAAGGAUGUCACUCAUCCCGUCAAGGAUUUGGGGAGAGCAGUUUCGACGUUGCUGCCGUCGAACUGGAACGAGGAAGAAGAUCCGGAGUUCAAUCCCCCCAGUCCCAACUCGGCUGUUGUUGCCUAUGAUCCAUACAAACACCAUACAGAUGAGCUUCUAUGUGAAGAUUAUGGGAAUUAUGGCUCUGAAGAUAAAGAGAAAAUGAUCGGGGAGGCAUUGCAAAAAAAUUUAUCUUAUCAGCAAAACUUGAGAAACAUUCUAAAUCGAAUAGAGUCGAAACAGAAGCACAAUGCCGAAAUGCAGAGACGUGUGAGGACCCUGCUCGAUUUCGAGAAGUACUGUAAGCGUAAAUAUGCGGUUUUCUUCACCGAUCAGGCUAAUCCUUCCCUGAAGCUAUUUUCUGUCGGUAGAGGCGGAUACCAAAGCAGGAAUGAUGACAAGAGUGAUUACCACCCUGGCGGACCUCCAGAUAAUGCAGACGUCGAAGUUUACAAAAUGUUAAAGCAGAAAGCAACAUUUGCCUCGAUGAGCAGAAGAUGGCGAGCAGAAGAGCUGAGAGAGUUAGCCAAGGGCGUAAAACAACAAAUCUAUGAAGUCUUGGUUUGUGAAGCCAUGGACGCAAUAAGCAAUGGAGAUAUAAUAGGAGACAAUGCACUAGAGAACGCUCUGAGUGCAAUAAGGAAUAAGGAACUGACUCCUGAAGAGAUGAGAAACGCCAUUGCGGAUGUCAACUGGAAUGAGGUAGCAAGGGUGUAUGUAGUAAAUCGCACCCCAGAGGAAUGUCGCACACGAUGGCUGAAUCAUGAAGAUCCUCUUAUAAAUAAGUCUUCUUGGACCAAGACAGAAGACAAGAAGCUUCUCAGUAUCGCGCAACGAAAUAAGACCACCAAUUGGGAGAAAAUUGCUCAAGAACUGGGGACAAAUAGAACUCCAGCAGAAUGUCUAACACGGUAUCAGAGGAGUCUAAAUGCCAGCAUCAUGCGUAGUGUUUGGACUCCUGAAGAGGACGCCAAGUUACGUGCGGCAGUGGAGGAACUAGGUGAAUCAGACUGGAGUCUUGUGGCUGCUUGCCUGGAGGGUCGAAAUAACAGUCAGUGCCUGAUGAGGUGGUACAAAGUUCUGCACCCGAGAAAACAGAAGAAAGGAAGGUGGUCAGUCGAAGAGGAUAAGCGGCUCAACUGGGCUGUGUCUUUACACGGAGCUAGAAAAUGGAAGCAAAUUGCAAAUCAUGUCCCCGGGCGCACUGAUAUCCAGUGUCGGGAGAGGUGGUGUAACGUUUUGAACCCGGAUAUCAAACUUGAUACUUGGACUGAAGAAGAGGACCAGACUUUGCGGGAGUCAGUUGCUCUUCACGGGCCUCAUCGUUGGUCUGCGAUUGCUACUGAUCUGAAAGUCAGAACGGAUAAACAAUGUUGGCGGAGGUGGAAGAUUCUUUUCCCAGAGGAACAACCUGACUAUAAGAGAACUGUCUUCAUUCAACGCAAUGCUUUGAUAGGAAACUUUCAAGGCAGAAAGAAGGAGCGUCCUAAACUGGGUCCUCAAGAUUUUGUAUCGAAAGCCGAUACUUUUGGAGUACCCAGUAACAUCGUCCGCGAGACUAAAUCUAAAAGGAGAACCAGUUCGCGAUCAGCUGAAGAGAGAACGACUUCGCGUUCAGCAAAGAAGAGAACCAAUUCGCGGUCAGCUAAAAAGAGCUCGGUGUCAGUCCCAGCCGAUGAGUGCGGACGCAACAGUUCUACUCCGACCACAGCUGCCUCCAUCCAAAGAGAUUCUGCCCAUAGCAGUCAAGAUCAACAAGACUCGACAAACCAUGAAGGACAAGACUUGACAAUUUAUGGGGAACGAGGCACGAUAACCUCUGAGAGUACAGUAAUAGGAGCUCUGGAAGAAGUUUCUGUAAAUGGAAAUGAUACACUUGCCGAUUCCAAACUACGCCGUCUGGCCCGUAUUCACAAACUGAAACUUUCCAGAGCAAAUAAACUUGCCAAUUCUGCCAAUUUAGUCCUCCCUAGAAGUGCCCAGUCCACGAGAUCGACUCCUGAUAAUCAAAGUGAAUAUGGGCAGAAUGAAGUUACAGAUCCCUCGUCGAGUGCCCAAGUUCAGAUUGAAAAGAAGAAGGGCAGGAAGCGUUCAAGGACGGAAGGAUCUGAUGGUCUAGGUAACCCUUCGAAGCGACCAAGGAAAAUAUCAAGCAAGAGGACAAGUGACGUCCUCGAGUGUGACAUUCAGUCCUCUUCACAGCUUAGUGAAGUUUCGCCCCAUCUUUCGUCUGAGGAAACUGAACCAUCAUCUUCUGGAGGCCUUUUAGCUGUGACCGACGGGGCUGAGCAGGGAGUGACAAAUGGAGGAACAGCAGAGGUCAUAUGCAAGAGCAAGAAACGUUCAAGAGUAUCAGCAUGUCCGCAACCACGCCGGGUUUCGAAACGAAGAAGACCUGACAACAUGUGCUUACCUUCUAGAGAUAGUGACAUCCAAACUGCGGCCGAAGAACCACCGGUGGUCAGACCCGAACCCGGACCUGCUAUUCUUUCUUUGGUGGACCUUGUCCAUUCAAUAAAUGAAUUUUGUAAGUACACUUUUCUUCUCAACGAGGAGCAGCACGUUCAAGCUCUUCCGGACCCUGACGUAAGUGAUACUGCGGUGAGAGUAGGUGUUGAAAAUAUAACAUCUGGAUCGAGUGCCCUUGGCCCACAACUCUGCCCUGACCCCGUACAGGAGAGGUAUCUUAGAUUAGUACACGAUCAUGAUACACCUUUUGUGGAUACAGAAUCCAUUCCAGCCAACGGGCAUGGUUGUAGGACAGAGAGAAGGAUGGUAGCGAGUAAGCCAACCGCAGGGGGUGCAUGUGAUGCUCUCUGGUGCCCGAACUCUGGUGUUAACCGAAUAGCUGUGCGGUCGGACGGAGAGGGCGAAACCAGGCUGAUAACUCACGCGAACACCGAAUCUAAUAUGGGAGGAGUUCAAGAUGGUCCGAGCCGGUUGUCCCCUGAGGAUGAAGAAGUUGCUGCCGCCACGAAGGCUAUCCUGUCUUGGCCAUUUUUCUAUGGAGUACAGCAGCUCACACUUCGGGCUGAUGAGUAUCUGAAUUCAAAGGCUCCUCGGAAAUCCUCAACUGCCAGACCCCCAAAAUCCACGAAGAAAGGAAAGUCUCUGGGCACGUCGGAGACAAUCGUUGAGACUCAGCCGGUGGCAGUUCCAACCCCGGUGACGGCAGUCGAUAACCCUGUCUCCAAAAGACCGAGGAGUGCACGAUGUGCAGCUAGAAUGAGAGGAACUUCACGUGAGAGAACUUCUGAGCAGGACAGUUAACUGGAAUGCUCAGAGUCGGUGCGCUCCUCCGCUGCUGAUACAUAAGCUGAUAAGUAGUGUCAUUAUAAUGUCGAGGACCUUCCAAGCGUGCCUAUCGUCUAGGUGAAAGACUGCUCGCAGAAGAAAUUUACUUUUUUUUCAGCGUGAAGACAGUCGGGGGCAGUUUUGGCGGAUAGCCUGUAAUGGAACGGCAUUAUUGAACUUCUAUUACAUGAGAGAAAUUUUGGAAGAAGCGGAUCUUAUAUGAAAUUACCAGGGACGGUCACCUCUGAGAUGGGUCAUCUCUGAGUCUGAUGGCCGUUACUUGCCACACCGAUGCAAAGCACCUCAACGUCGGCGAUGGAGUUAUGAUGCGACAAGGCCGUGUUGAAAACGUAACGACAUGGACAUCAUCUUUCGUCGGAGUUUUUUUGAGCCCAGAAUGUAGCAAAAGGAACCAGGUUGACUAGUUGGUACUUUAAAGAGACAAAGUCAGCGUAAGGUCCAGAGGCCCUAGUAUUUUUGUGACUCUCCUACUUCCUGAUUGUUGAUCAAUCGACCAUCGGGUCUAGUCGGCGACGGUUGCUUCUUCACAAGCAAAGCAAAGAUGUGUUUCAGUUGUCAAUAUCCUGAGUUCCUCCUGAUGAAUGUCGUUUAGAG